UCUUAGAAAAUGCUAAUUUAUGUCCCUACAACUAGUCCAAACCUCUCUAACAGAGCGGCUUCACCACUAGGAUUUGGCGUAGUAAACUGCAGCAGCAUCAAGAAUGGCAAUGGCAUUAUUAGUAGAGUCAGCAUCAUCAGCAAAUGCAGCCUCAGCAGCACAAGGGUAAGCCUGGUUGCCGUUGCAGCUGCUGCAGUGGUAGUAGCGGUUUCAUCGGCGGCGGUGGCAGGCGGGGUGGAGGCGCCUCCGGAGGCGGAGACUCUGUCGAACAUACCGCAGACUCUGUCGGGGGAAUGCGUGCUGCCCACGGAUUGUAAAAAGCCAAGGAUUCAGAAGCCAAAGUCUAGGAAAGCAGAGUCAUGCACUAUCAAGUGUGUCACCACUUGCAUCCGAGGUGGGGAUGGCUCUCCUGGGGAAGGCCCUUUUAACAUCAGGAGACCUUUGAUUGUAUUCAAGGAAGGGUUUCGAAGCCGUAAAUACUGUCUAGUGGAAUGUUCAGAUAUUUGUAAUUUGAUUGGAGAUGGAGAUGAUGGGCCUUGAAGCUCUAUUGUUUUGACGAUGAUAGCCAGCGCCUUCGGACUUCAAGACAUAUAUCCAAGGAAAAACUCCACGACACAUGUAACAUUCUCGAUUUCUGUU